GUUCGCCGAGUGAAGCCGCGUGGCCGUCCGUAUAUCCGAAUGUUAGAUCUAGUGUUCUAAUGGACGGGGUGUUUGAACGGAGAAACUUAGUGCAGAGCCGAUGUUGAUGUUGUUUUGUUUUGUGGGCUGAAGUAAACGGCAAAGUGUUGGGCGUUAAGCUGGAAAUGAAGACGGAGCACCGCACGUGCUGCGCGUGCGGGGAGCCCAUCGCCGACCGCUUCUUGCUGGAGGUGGGCGGGGCUGCGUGGCACACCGGCUGUCUCCGAUGCUGUGUCUGCGCCGUACAGCUCGACCGGCACCCGUCCUGCUUCCUCAGAGACAGGCAGGUCUACUGCAAGCAGGAUUAUGCCAAGAGUUUCGGUGCGAAGUGUUCCAAGUGCUGCCGAGGGAUAUCUUCGUCCGACUGGGUGCGGAAGGCUCGCGAGCAGGUCUACCACCUGGCGUGCUUUGCGUGUGAUGCGUGCGGCCGGCAGCUCUCCACGGGAGAACAGUUCGCUCUCCACGAGGACAGAGUGCUCUGCAAGCCACACUACCUCGAAACCUUGGACGGAGGCUCCAUUUCAUCCGAUGACGGGUGUGACUCGGAGGGCUAUCACAAGAGUAAAGCGAAGAGGGUCCGGACAACCUUCACCGAGGAACAGCUUCAAGUACUCCAAGCAAACUUCCAGCUAGACUCGAAUCCCGAUGGACAGGACCUCGAGAGGAUCGCGCAGGUGACCGGCCUUAGCAAGAGGGUCACGCAAGUUUGGUUUCAGAAUAGUCGCGCAAGACAAAAGAAACAUCAGCACACCGGGAAAGGAAAACAGAAUCAAUUGAUGUCCAGGGAAGGGGACGCCGUGGGGUUUGGCAGGCCUAUCAACCUACACCUCACUUAUUCGUUCCAGAACAAACCGCCAUUCGUCCCUAUAGACGGUACCUCUUUCACCGACUCUUCAAUGGAUGAGCUUUCUGAAGAUUCUUCGAUCCACUGCAUGCAGAGUGAAGUCUGAAGUCAAGUUGUCGUGACGUAUUCAAGAAUCGUCUUUGUAUAGUAGUCUUAAGAAUUAUCUUUUUUUUAUGUCUAUUUUUGGAAUUAGAAAAGUUUAAACUGAGUAAAAGUUUACAAAUUGUUAUUCUAAAAAUAAAUUAGUCUUUUAGU